AUGACACGAGCGUACGGAUCAGGCUCAAGCUCAGACUCGUCGGACUCUGGCUCGUCAGCACCCGGUAUUCGCCUUGAACCUCCAUCUCCGGAACAAGAGCGGCGCUCUCAUAAUCGGACGUUCAGCGACAUGAUGGAAGUCACUAUUCAGUCUCCGAGCACUUCAUCCUUCCCACGCUCAGGUUAUAGCUCGCCGUCUUCCUCGUCGCCGUCCUCCCCUCGAGUGCCUCGCGAGCUCAUGAAUGACAGCCCCGUUCCCAUAUCGAGCACUCGAUCCUCUGAGCUUCGUACUGUCUUCGAUUCACCUCCGGUGCAAACCGUUGUAUUGCCUACCUUACCUGAGGGGCGUACAAUCUCGGAAGUCACUCCUCUGGAGACGCCGCGCUACAACAGGCAGAAGUAUGUGCCCAACGACCCCACCACUUUCACGAUCCCGCCGCUCUGCUUCACAUUUCCACACUCAACCGACGGCGAGGAUCCCGAUCUUCGUGGCUGGGAGCCGCGUACGCACUCCGAAGGCGCGUUGUAUUUCUAUCAUCCUGAAAAGCGAGCUUUCACGGAGGCUUAUUUAUACGAGGAAGUGUAUCUGGAUGAAGUCGAAGCCUUGCUCGCCUAUCUCCAACAGACGUUACAAUGCAUGCCGGGGAUACAACUACCUCCCGACUACGAACUCGUCGCACAGGUUGCGUUUGAAGAUGAAGACGGCGUCAAGGCCAUCCGAUGGCAGUAUUACUUCGUCGAUCAUCGGACGCGGUGUUUAUUUUGGCUAUUUCCCCUCGAUGCCGAUAUCUACCUCACCGAGAUAUGCGGACCACUGAGCCCAGCACACUUCAAACACCUCCUUGAGAGCUGGUACUGGGAUCAUGUCGGCACCUUCCCGGACAACUUUCAAACCCACGACGAUCUCGUAGACGAGCUUGUCGGACAUCUGACUUUCUUUAGUGUCGACGUCAUGACAUCUCAUACUUCGACGGUGCCUUAUGAAUUGAGCGACUUGACCAGAUUGAUCAAAUUCAUGGGCAGGAAAGGACCUGGUACUGGUGCUGCACCUAGAUCAGCGGCUCUUGGUCGCAUGAUGUCGAUCAUCUGCCAUUGGCGCUACAUCUAUUUCCACGGUCAACGCUUCGCGCGAUUGGAUCGGUUCGAGAGCAUCCAUGGUCCGGCCAUUCGGCCCCGAUCCUGGCUCAUGUCGCUGUCCUCAAUCGUGUUCCUCUUCGCUCCCGAAGCGCACCUUCUGGAUAUCGAGAAGUUCUAUGUGGAUAACUCUGUCGCCAGGCAUGUUUGGAAGCGACAUAUCACCAAGCUCCAGGAUGAAUGGAUAGAGUUCGUGCUAUACGCUACAGUCAUGCUAACUGCCAAUGUAUCAAUGCUAUCCGUUCCGGAUGUAAUUCUCUUCCCUGACAAUGACAACGCACCGGGAGCGGGCAACAACGUACAAAGCUACUUGGCGCCGCUGCGAUCGCCUGCAGCGAUUGCCAGUUAUGUGUCUAUUGUAUGCAGUGUCGGGACUAUCGUGGUGGGACUCCUGCUCAUCCGGACGCAUCGAACCAAGAAUCAUGACGACGUGAAUGAAGCGGUGGCGUUCAUGAAUCGACUCGAAACACGACUAUUCCAUUACGAACCGCUCGCCAUCUUAUACAGCCUACCUUACGCACUCCUCAUGUGGGCCAUGCUCUCCUUUUUGAUCAGCAUCCUCAUCUUCACAUUCCGCAAUACCGACAUCGUGACACAGAUUACCGUCGCCGCCAGCUCAGUCGCUGUAUCAUGCCUCAUUGCAUGGUGUAUCGUGACCUUUUGGGAGCCCUCGGAGAGUACUCUUUACCUGAGAACCCUGAGAAAUACGUUCAAGCAACGCUUGAUCCGUCCCUGGGCAUCGCUGAGUGAGGAUGUUUUCUACACACCCAUCGACAUGCCCACUGCUCCUGUUGACGACAAAGAAACCGUGCUCUUCUAUGAGGAUACAGGUCCACAGGACGGCCAGUAUCUGACGGUCGUCAUGGUUCACGGUAGUGGUUUCCAUCAUGUGAUCUUCCAGAGGAUGCUUCCCUACGCGGCGCAGUACAAAGUACGCUUCAUCACUGUCAAUCGCCGCGACUAUAGUGGCUCUACGCCGUAUAGCGACGAGGAGGUCUCGCAGGUGCUCAGUAACGACCCCGUCGAGAAAGCGAAGUUCUUUCAUCGUCAGGCCCUCGAGUACGCAGAGCUUCUCGCACAUUUCGCCAGGCAAAAUGUCUUUCGGCCUCUAUCAGUUGACUCAGUGGGAAAGAUGGAGGGCGGGGUGUCGCUCGUUGGAUGGUCGUCCGGUCCAGGGUUCUUCUACUUCAUGCUAUCCAAUCCGGAGACGGUACCAGAAGCUACUCGGACAGCUCUUGAGCCAUACCUGCGCUCCUUAUGCUUCUUUGACAAUGCGCCGGAUCUCGUCGGCAUUGAGAACCCUCCAGAUCGCCCGUAUUACCCGUUCCUCAGCGACCCCAAACUGGAUCCUAUGGAGCGCUACGUCGCCUUCGCCACCUGGAUCUCUGGUUACUACGCCCACCCCGGCCUGACAACUGAAGACGAGAACGGGCUCAGCGACACUCCGGUCGACGACCCUCCGCCCACUCUACCCGGGAUGCCACACGAGAUCCUUGCGCAAAUCUCCGAUCCGAAGACCAUGCUCCGCUGGGAGACCAGCGUCAACCUCCGCCCCACUCCCUGGCAGCUCGAGCGUACGAGACGGAUGCUGCACAAGGACACGGCGUCGUACUGGCCGCGUUGCAAGGUGGUAGUAAUGUGGUGCGAGCAGACGACGUGGAACCUCGUCAGAGGAGCUUGGCAAUUCAAGAAGUUGCGAAAGGGAUUGGAAGAAGCGGGCGAGGCCGGUCGGACAUUCGAAUGGUCUUCUGUACCGAAGGCGAAUCAUUUUAUCUUCUGGGAUAACCCAGAACUCAUCGCCCGACUAUUCUCUGAGAGGCUUUGA